UAGAAAAGAAAAUAAAUUUCUAUAUUUUUAAAUUUUAUAAAUAGCAAAUAACCAGUCCAAAUGUCGUCUUUUGUGACUGGUGAAUCUAUAAAUUCAUACAAAUUGGCACGCUUUAGCCGCCCCAUCCGAUAUAACGACCCCAUUGUCCAUGGGAAGCAAGAGCAGUGCUACACCAUCCGUAAACCAUUGGUCGAUUACAUUCGCGAUGAUUUACACGAACAAUCACGUCGUUUGUUCUAUCAACGGGUUUUCAUUGUCGCCAAGAACAAUAUGAAAGUGGAGCCACCAACUCCACCUCCGUUGCAGUCAGGGCGAUCAUCCCAAUCCCUUCCAUCGAUGCGCAUGGAACCGGCCGACUUUAAGAUGUUUUUUCAACUGGAAUUGCAACGAAUUCUCACGCGCUAUGCCGAAGAAAAUGUUUUAGGUGUUAAACCUACAGGCUUCUUCCUAUACAUGGGCGAAUAUAGUUUACUAUUCAUCGAGUGCGCUGAGGACUCAGUCGGCAGUUUCUGUGCUCAUUUAAGUGCACUGGCUGACAGAUAUUUUCUUGCAAACAAAGUUUUUCUCACCGAAGAUCGCACAGCAGAGACUUAUUUUCAGACGUUCCAUUGCCGUCGGGCAGCAUCAAUUAACAUCAAUGAGAAGUUUCCGGCUCACACAACUACCGACGUUGAGCUCAUGAGUCAACAACACUUGACGAUCAAGCAGAAAUUGUACGCGUUGUGUGAAGCUCUAGAUGAAAAAGUGAAGAGGGAGCUUGAAACUGUUAGCCUAAAAGGAUCGGUUAAUGCAAAAGUAGCACUUAGCUUGGUGAAACCCACUAUAGAUACGGAAGAACUUUUGCCAGCAGCCAUAUUCAAUAAACUCCUGCCUGAGGUGCAGCGCAUCGAACUCGUCCUGUCGUGCAACCGAUUCUACUGUAACGUACAGCGUCGUGCGCUCAUGUACAAAUCCAUACCGGCCGAGUUGGAAGCCAAUUUGCUAACUUGGCCCAUACCAUAUAACUACACGCCGUUGGGCGUGUUCCGACAUUCACCAUACGACGUCAACUUAACUUUUACUGACCAUGGCAAAAAAGAAGAGAAUGAAAAGGAAAAAGGUAGCGACUCAGAGGGAAGUGAGCAGAAAGGCUGAACGAUGUUUGAAUAACUUUAAAUAUCAGCUGCCAACGGGUGUUGUAGUUUUGGGAAUUCAUUAUUUACUUGUAAUUUGAAUU